AUGACAGCCAUCACUUAUUCAAGCGCUGCUCGAAGACCUCCGAAAGAAAUGCAGGUUCUUGAACAUCCCUCUGCCUCCGGGAAUGUUACAGAACCCAUAUCCGAAAUUCUACAACCUUGGAACAUGCGAGAGCAGCCAGAGAAUCCAAUUCUGGAAUCUUCAAGGGUCAAAGGCCGGAAAUGGUGUGAAGAGAAAGAAGGCCGGGAAAAUGAUGGAGGAGCAAAAGGAGGAAAACUGCACAGGAACAGACAAACGUGGGGCACAGGAGUCAGCAAAGAAAUGAUGAAGAGAGGAGGACAAGAGCAGCUAAGCAACAGGCAAGUUGGAAAAGAUCUUAAAGGAAGCUGGGGAAAAUUGUUGGAAGGGAAGGACAAAAGUGAGACAGAUGUCUCUGGGAUUCUGUCAGUAGCGGAAAGAGAUGAUGACAUCGAAGAGAGUGAGAAAUGGAUGAAGAAACUAAAGAGCCGAUCUGCCUUUUUGUGGAAGUUCCCCCUGAAGAACAACACCGAAGGAGAGGUGAAGAAAGAGAAAAACAUCAUGGAGGGGAUGAGGCAUUGUCAUAUCUUCCUCUGGUUACUUCUCCUUCUCCUCAGCCUGUGUCCAACACCUGCUUCAUCACAGGGAAAUUUCCCACGGAUGGAAAACAUCGCUGCCUUCAAACCUGUGUCCACCUCUCCGGCUCGUUCCACCUGUGGGGUUCCAGAGCGGAGCAGCUAUUGCCAGUCAGCCUCCUCACAGACCGAGCUGCUCACAUGCUAUCAGGCCUUCUGUGUCCAGGAGUGUCCCUAUAGAUCGUCUACACCUCCUUAUGCCCCACUGCUUCUACCAGCACACAGGGGUACUUGUGUAACUGAAGACACUAAUGACACUCGUCCUGGGAUUCAGACAGAGUAUCAGACUCGAACUACCUCCACCUCAGAGGGGUUUUCUAGCAGAUCCAGUAGUGUGAUGUUUCAGCCUGUCCAGCAGGGAUGUCUGGUCUCUCCCCCCUCACAGAAUCUGGGAGCUUUGGGAUCCCUCACCCUGGCACUGUGGAUAAAACCAAGCUCUCCUGGGGAGAUGAUGCUGCUGGAGAAGAGCUCAGGGGAGAGGUUAGUUUUUUCUGUGACCGUGUCUGAGCAGGCGGUCACUCUGCGGUACGGUCAGUCUAGCAGUCAGACUCCACUGAUGGUCAGCUUUAGAACAGAGGGACGGCUUGCACUGGAGAGGUGGACACACCUUGUUUUGCAGGUCCAUGACAGGCGUGUCAGUCUGUUUCUGAAUGGGCUUGAAGAGGACAGGACACCAUUUGACACAAAACCUCUGACCACCAGACUUCAUGAUAUCAGCGAGGAUGGUGCCAUGCGGGUGGGACUCAGCUCCAAUGGGUCUAAUCAGUUCAUUGGGCGGAUACAGGACUUUAGAUUUUAUCCUGCCACUCUGACCAACAGAGAAAUAGUGGAGGUGUACUCAGAUGUCCUGCCCCAGCUCCAUUCUGAGUCAGAGUGUCGCUGUCCUCCCAGUCACCCCAGAGUGCACCCUUUAAUAGAAAGAUACUGUAUUCCCAAUGCUGUUGAGGACACCACCAAUGACAGAGUCUUAAGACUGAACCUUAAUGCCCAUCCACUCAGCUACGUCAAUGAUCAGGACAUGGGCACAACAUGGCUUUCCAAGAUCAUGACUACACAGGAACUGGAUGAUGGAGUCACUAUCACAGUGGAUUUUGCUAAUGGACAGUACCAGGUAUUCUACAUAAUAGUUCAGUUUGGUGGCCACUUACCUGAGUCAGUUCUGAUCCAGAGACAAAGGUUUGACCUCACUGACCCACAGAGUGACACCACCACAGAACAGCCCUGGUUAGACUGGCAGUAUAUCGCCAAAGACUGCAGUGUGUUUGAAAUGCAGAACAACGGGCCUUUAUUGAGUCCAGACUCAGUCAACUGUCUGCAACUGCCCAGUGACAUGUCCUACUCAGGAGGUAACAUCACAGUCAGCCUGCUAACCUCAGAGCCAAACCUUAGGCCAGGCUACAAUGACUUCUACAACACUCCUGAACUCCAGAAUAUGGUACAUGCCACCAAGGUCAGGAUACACCUUAGUGGACAAUACCACACCGGAGCAGCUAAGGUGAACCAGCGACACAGAUACUAUGCCAUCCAUGAGAUUACCAUCAGUGGCAGAUGUGAGUGUCACGGCCAUGCAGACCACUGUGAUACAAGUGUGACUCCCUACCGUUGUCUGUGUCUGGCUGAGACUCACACAGAAGGAAACAAUUGUCAGCGUUGUAUGCCGCUCUACAAUGACAAGCCGUUCAGGCAAGGUAACCAGCUCCAGCCUAUGAGCUGCCGGCCUUGCCAGUGUCAUGGCCAUGCCCACUCCUGUCAUUACGACGCCCGGAUUGACGACCAACCAUAUGAGCACUAUCGAGGAGGAGGAGGCGUCUGUGACAACUGCAUGCAUAACACUACAGGUAAAAACUGUGAGCUGUGUAUAAGUGGGUUUUUCAGGCUGGAGGACUCUGAUCCCACUUCAGUUUAUGUGUGUCGGCCCUGUAGCUGCCACGCUGCUGGAACGGUCAAUGGCAACAAUGAGUGUGCCCAGUUAGGAGGUCAGUGUCAGUGUAAAGCUGCAGUAACAGGUCGUCGCUGUGCAGACUGUCUACCUGGGUGGUAUAGUCUUCAAGCCUCAGACCCAAAGGGCUGCAUCCGCUGCAACUGCAGUGACUUCGGCGUUGUCAACACCUCAACUGCAGGAGUUCGCAGCUGCAACCAGCACACAGGACAGUGCCGGUGCAAACCCCAUGUCACAGGUCUUUCUUGUGACCGCUGUGAGUUUGGUUAUUGGAACCUUUCCCACCCAGACGGCUGUAUCCCAUGUGACUGCGACCCCUUGGGUUCCCUCAGCCCGUACUGUGAGCCUGAGGGGGGGCAAUGUCAGUGUAAACCCGGGGUGGGGGGGCAGCGAUGUGACUCAUGUGGCAGCAGUUUGUAUGGUUUAAGACUGGAGGGAUCCUGUACUCCAUGCAACUGCUCACAAGACGGGACAAUACCUGGGACAGACUGUGAUCCUCAGACUGGACAAUGUGUAUGCAAGGAACAUGUGGAAGGCCAUCACUGUGACUCUUGUCGUCAUGGUUACCACACCCUAGAGCAUCGAAACUCCCUGGGCUGUCUGCCAUGUGUGUGUGACAUCAGUGGCACCGUGCCAGAGGGUGUAUGUGAUAUGUGGACUGGACAAUGCCCAUGCAGAGAGGGGGUGGAGGGAGCACAGUGUACCAACUGUGCCCACAACUACUACAACAGGAGUUCAGACAUCCACAAGGGGUUGUCCCAGGGCUGCGUGCCAUGUGUCUGCGACCCCAGAGGAACAGUGGCAGGGUCAGCCUGUGACAGCUCUACUGGGCAAUGUGUUUGUAUACCAACACGCUAUGGAAAGGACUGCAGUAGAUGUCGACCUGGCUUCUACCUCUCUCCAGAUCAGAGUAUUUGUGUGGAGUGUGGCUGCCAUCCCAUGGGUGCAUCACAGCGUGGUUGUGAGAGCCAGAGUGGACAGUGUGUGUGCGCCCAUCCCUCGGUGGGAGGGAGACGAUGUGACCAGUGUCGUGAGAUGUUCUUUGGAUUCAACCCUGGCCUGGGCAGAUGCCAGCCCUGUGAAUGUGACCCAGUGGGCAGUGUCAAUGGCUCAUGUAACCCAGACUCAGGAGUGUGUGUGUGUAAGCUGCUGGUGACUGGAGACAAAUGUGAUGUAUGUCAACAUGGAGCGAGUCAUUUGCACGCUGAGAACCCCUAUGGAUGCAGUAAAGCGCCCUCUCAGCAGCCUGCCCCAGUAGGUUUUGCUCUCAGUUAUUCCUCCAUUAAUCUCUCUUGGCAUCCGCCUGACUCUCCAAACUCAGACAGACUCAACUACACACUCAUCAGGAAUGGACAGUCAGUGCACAGCAUCCAGAGUCACUAUCCUUUCAGCCUUGAGUCAUUUGAGGACACUGGUUUGUCUCCCUACACCAGCUACUCUUACUGGCUUAUAACAGCUAAUGUGGCCGGGGUGACAAUAAGUGCAUCUGCCUCAUACCAGACUUUAGGAGCACCGCCUGAAGCAGACCAGCUCCAUUUAAACCUUGUGGGAAGAGCGGGUCCAACUAGCGCUAUCUUUAACUGGAGUGCAACACGAAAUGAUACAGGCCCAGUGGAAAGGUUUGUGUUAUCCUCCAAAGAGUCAUCCAGUGGAGCAAGGCCUGUCAUCCACUACACAGGCCUAUCUACAGAGACGGUGUUAAGUGGCCUAAAGCCCUUCACCCAAUACACUGUCACUCUGGAGGCAUGUUCCUCUGGAGGUUGCACGUCUACCCUUCCUUUGUCUCUUCUGACAGCCUCUGCUCCCCCACAAAACCAACCCCCACCUAAGGUUACUGCUACUGGACCGCAUUCACUGCAUGCUUCAUGGGACCCUCCCAGUCAGCCAAAUGGCGUUAUCACAAGGUAUGAGGUUUUUUUACGUGGACCGAUGGAGCCACUUAACUUUUCAAGUCCUGCUGUUGAAAAGAGAGUCUUCUUCAGCAUCGGUUGGCUGGAUUCAAGUGUUUCACCCGAAGCACAACUAACCAAUGGGAGCAAGGACUUGGCCCCUGAGAGCAGUACCAUUGUAGCAGGUCUGCAAGCCUUUUCCACCUAUCAGAUGAGAGUCGUGAGCAUCAAUAUGGCAGGGAGUGUCACAUCAGGGUGGACAACUGCACGCACAAUGGAAGGAGUUCCAGAGUUCAUGGCUCCUCCAGAAGUGUCUGCGUUGUCAUCCAACAGUCUCAAGGUUACCUGGAGCUCUGCUGAGGGUGACGGGGUCAUUGCCAGAGGAAAGGUCACGGAAUAUAGAGUCAACUUGCUCACUGAGCAGAAGAACAAUCCCUAUGCCCCUCCUGUUGUUAGUCAGGUCUUGCACAGAUCGGGACCAUUGUCACAGCCUGUUUAUUUGGUUAAAGGAUUGAAGCCUUACCAUGUGUACAACUUUACUGUUACUGUCUGCACAAAGACCGGUUGCAUUACCAGUCUGCCAAGCUCAGGACAGACCCUACCAGCAGCUCCAACAGGACUGUCCCCACCUCGAUUGCAUCAAGUAAAUGAAACCACCAUUCACAUAGAUUGGGAUCCCCCAGCCCAACUCAAUGGACCACACCCAUUAUACCAGGUGGAAAGGACAGAUGUGUCUCUUUCUGACCCACAAGGUCCUCUUGUCAGAGGAACCAGGUUCCCAGGAAACAGUUAUUACCAGUUUCCCAGUGACACCCUUCCUGUCAACAGUGACUUUACAGCUGUUGAGUUGAGUUUCAAGACUCGAUCCCCCGAUGGUCUGCUACUCUGUGCCCUCUCUCCAGGAAAUCAGGAAGAGUUCCUGGCUAUUCAGAUGAAAAAUGGACGUCCUUACUUCUUGUUUGACCCACAGGGCUCAGCGGUGGCUGUGAGUGUACAGGGUGAUGGAGGACGCCGCUACAAUGAUGGACAAUGGCACAGCAUCAUAGCAACAAGGCAAGGGGCCGUGGGAACAAUCGUUGUAAACAAUCAAUACAGAGGUAGUGCAUCAGCUUCCAGUGGCAGCACCAUUAUUGGUGAGAACACAGGGGUCUUCAUUGGGGGGCUGCCUAAAGACUUCACUCUGCUAAGAGAGGAUUCAGGUGAUGCCCAGCUGAUGCGUCAGGGCUUCUCUGGUUGCCUCAGAGACGUGAGUUUUAAGAUGACUGACAGCCCCUCAGAGGAAUGGAAAUAUCUGGACUGGGCAAAGGCUACUAAGAAGAUGGCAGUAUAUGAAAGAUGGGAGGGAUGCCCGAUUCAAACUGUGGAUGGAGCCCAUUUUCUGGGUCAUGGUUACUUGGAAUUGAGCAAAGACGUGUUCAGUGGGGGAGAGGACUUUGACAUUUCUAUGGAUUUUAGAACAGACCAGCUCAAUGCGCUCUUGCUAUUUACAUACAAUACACAAACUGAAGACUACAUGCUGGUGGAGCUGGAAGGCGGUCUCCUGUCCUUCAUUUUUGCCUGUGAAGGUCAUGUGACUGAACUCAGCAUGUGGGUGGGGCUUAGCUACUGCGAUGGGCACUGGAAACAGCUCUCACUGGCAAAACGUGGCUACGUUAUCUCUGCCGACAUCGGUGAUUGGGCAGAAGAGACAAGGCGAGUGGGAGGAGCAGGGAGGCUGAGAGUGGAUACACCAUUAUACGUGGGGGGCGUGCCCACUGAGCUCAUCCAUCCAGCUCUUGACAGCCAAAGUCACAAACAUGGUCUAGGAGGUUGCGUAAGGGGUCUUACCAUACGAAGUGAUGAAACAACCCCUCCUGUCCGUCAAAGUAUUAAUCUCUUUAUUGCCACCCGCCAUUCUGUUAGAGUAUACUUGGACGGCUGUCCCACCAGUGAAAGCCGGUACAACUGCAGAGGAAACGAUUCAGUGUUGGUCUACACUGGGAAAAAGACCCAAGCCACAGAUUAUAGUCUACAGCCUUUCACUGAGUACUUGUACAGGUUUGUGGCCUUGGCUGCAGGAGGUUGGGCAGCAGGCCCUUGGCAGAGAGGACGCAGCAGAGGCAAAGUACCUGAGUUUGUACUGCCUCCUACCUCAGUUCAGAGUUUGGAUGGCUUCAGUGCCAAGGUGAGCUGGUCUCCACCCACUGACGUUAGAGGGCUGAUUGAAAGAUAUGAGUUGAGAGCCUACAAUAGAGACCAGCCAGAGGCACCACCUAUCAAAACAGUAUACCUGGCGAAUGGAAAUUUCACAGGUGUGUUGUCAGGUCUCACCCCCUCCACUCGAUACAUCAUCACUGUAAGCAUCUGUAUUCCUCUUGGCUGCACAGAGAGUCUUCGUAAUGACAAUGGUGAUGAUAAUGAUUUGAGAUCAAGCCUCACAACCCCGGAGGAAGCUCCAGAUGGGGUGUCUCCUCCAGCUGCAGUCUCAACCCCCUCAGCUCUCUAUGUUACCUGGGAACCUCCAGCAAGGCCCAACGGAGGCAUUACAGAGUACCUCCUCUAUCACAACAACCAAAUGGUCUACAGGGGGAAUGACAGACAACACAACAUCACUGGUCUUGGUGUGUUUUCCACCCAUGUCUUUGUACUGAGUGUGUGCACUUCUGUGGGGUGCACCAACAGUUCACAAGUUACAAUGUUGACCUCUCAGCUUCCUCCUGGGCCACUACAAGCGCCAACUCUUACCCUGCUGGACUCGCGGACUCUUCUGGUGGAGUGGUUCCGGCCCUCUCAGGUCAAUGGUGUUUUGGAGUUCUACUCCAUCUUCCUCUCACAUGGCGGGUUAGAGCCUGUGUUAGUCUACAACAGCUCAGCACUUUCUGAAGACCACACACUCCGCAACCUAACCCCUGGAACAGCCUACACCGUCUUACUAGGCGCCUGCACAGGAGGUGGCUGUACCCUAAGCCCCCCCAGCCAGGCUCAGACUGAGGAGAGCACCCCAGAGAAUGUUCCUGCCCCACUGGUCACUCCUUUGUCCCCCCAUGCUCUCAACGUCAGCUGGACAUCUCCUGAUACUCCAAAUGGUAUUAUAACCAGUUAUGGUCUCUGGCUCGAUGGAGUUCUUAUUUUAAACUCCUCCCAGACAUUCUUUGUGGUGGAUGGACUCUCUCCAUGGAGCCGACAUGUACUCAGGCUUCAGGCCUGUACUGCACAUGGCUGUGGCAAGGGACCAAUGGUGGAGGUGCGUACAUUAGAAAUGGCCCCAGAAGGCCCCAUCUUCUUGGAACUGACCAAUCACAGCUCUCGAUCAGUCCGUGCUCGCUGGACGGCCCCACCCAGACCAAAUGGGAACCUCAGCUACACACUGUACUACAAAAGCAAAGAUGAUGAGGUUGUGUUGGAUGGAAGUACAGCAGCAGGCAGCUGGUUGUUUGUUACUGACCUGCAGCCUUACAACACCUACACCUUCUGGAUCCGAGGUUGCAACACACAGGGUUGUGUUGACAGCUCACAACUCAAUGUUACUACGCCCCCAGCAGCCCCGGAUGGGUUGUCACCUCCGAGGCUGGUCCAAGCAACUAGUAUCAGUCUGAAUAUAUCCUGGUCUGCCCCUGCUCACUCCAAUGCACCAGGCCCUCUUCACUUCACCCUGCAAAUGAGGACAUUGCCACAGAUGCCUGUGAUACGGCUCUUGGAAAACACAACCGAUACCUUUUCCUAUUAUUUGGAUGGUCUGUCACCGUACACACAGUACCUGUUCAGAGUGGUGGUUUCACACAAGCAUGGGCAAACAGUUGGCCCCUGGGCCACACUGCACACUGCUGAGGACAGUCCAGGAGCAUUGGACACUCCAGCAGUUUCAGGGCUUCAUCCUCGUAGUGUGACAGUUACUUGGGUUCCUCCCUCCCAACCAAAUGGCAUCAUCACCAAUUAUACCCUCUAUCUUCACCCAAGCUCUGUUUCUGCUUUAGAUUCCAAACACAGCUCAGUCUUCAGCUCCAGCAUGACCCCUAACUCAAGCUUAGGUCCUAACUCAAGCCCAGCACCCAGCACUGAGGCUACUGUUCCAGGGAACACCACCAGCUACACUUUCCUCGACCUACUGCCAUACCAGACCUACAACCUCCAGCUGGCAGCCUGUACAAGUGUGGGUUGUUCAUCGUCUGGGACGUCUCAGCACUUUCGAACCCUCCCAGCUCCCCCUGAAGGGCUCCCUGCACCUCACGUAUACUCUGACACACCUACCUCUGUUCUCUUGUCCUGGGGUGCACCAGAGUGGAGCAAUGGCCCACUGGAGCGGUGGGUGAUUGAGCGCAGAGUUGCAGGGACCAAACAAGUCUCCACAGUGGGUCAUCUUCCACCUGACCCUCCUCCUAUUUCCUUCCUCGACUCUUCAUCAGCUCUAAGUCCCUGGACUAAUUACCAGUAUCGACUUGUGCUCCAUAACCAGGCUGGCAGCACCACAGGACCCUGGGUCAAUAUCACCACCAGACCUUCUCGGCCAGCUGGUCUCAGUCCACCAAGGGUGAACAUCCUGGGGCCAGAGUCACUUCAGGUCACAUGGUCUCCUCCUUUAAUUCCCAAUGGGGAAAUCCAUGGCUAUGAGAUCCGGCUCCCAGAACCCCGCAUCUUCCAUGACAGUGGCAGCGGGUCUGAGCUCAACAUCACAAUAACAAACCUCAUUCCAUACACAAACUACAGUAUCACUGUGCUGGCAUGUUCCAAGGGAGGUGGACAGGUUGGAGGAUGCACAGAAAGCCUGCCCACAUUAGCUACUACAUUACCUGCAAGCCCCCAAGGCCUCGCACCACUGUCAGUAGUGGCAGUUAGUGAGUCUUUCCUGGCCAUCUCUUGGCAACCGCCAAGCAGGCCCAGUGGACCUAACAUCAGAUACGAGUUGCUCAGACGUAAAACCUACCAGCCGCUGGCCAUCACCACGGUCCCCACAGUAACAGGCACAUCCCCUCCCCCUCCUGAAGAUCUCCAUCGCUGGCUCCAUGUUUACUCCGGCACCAAAUUGUUCUACCAAGAUAAAGGCCUAAGCAGAUUCACCCGUUACCAGUACCGGUUAGUGGUCCAUAAUGACAUGGGCUACACCUCAGGAGAGGUAGUCACUGCAACGACCAUGGCCGGUAUUCCUUCUGAUCCUCCAUCUCUGUCAGCCCGUGCUGUCAAUCACACUGCUGUACAGGUCCACUGGACAAAACCCUCUUUGUACAACCUGCAGGGAGAGGUGGAGUCCUACUUUCUCAAAAUAGACUCUGCCCGCUUAAGUAGAAAUAUGGCCUUUGGCCCCAGGAUCAUCUCAACAGUGAUAACUGACCUUUGGCCCAGCACUACCUAUUUGGUGUCAUUACAUGUGUCUAAUGGAGCACAUAAUACAACUAAGGCAAUAGUUAACGUCACAACAAAGGAUGGAGCGCCAGAUGGGAUGUCUGCCCCAGAAGUUGUUCCAGUUAACAGCAGCACCACACGUGUGCUCUGGUUACCUCCUCAAGAGCCCAAUGGAGCAAUUACUGGUUACCACAUCUAUGUUAAUGACCAUUUUCAUGGCAGUGUAGAGAACAGCUCAGGGUCCUACCUGCUAGGGGACCUACUGCCUUUCACUGUCUACGACGUACAGGUGGAGGUUUGUACUGUGUAUGCAUGUGUGAGGAGUAAUGUUACUCAGACAACUACUGUGGAGGACCUGCCUGCCGACCUGGCCACACCACAUGCACAAGUGAUCAGUCCCAGGGUUGUCAACUUGGAUUGGUCCCCUCCAGGCAGACCCAGUGGGAUCAUGUUGGGCUAUGAGGUCUUAAGACGGACCUUGAGGUCAUGUGUCAGUGGGUCAGCAGGGGUCAAAUCCUCUGUGGGGGAAGAGUCAGGAGGUGCAGCUGGCGUAAGGUUCACGUGUACCUACAUGCAGUGUCCUGCCACUCAUAGUGUGUGUGGGACAUCUUGCUUCCAUCCUGACACACAGGUUUGCUGCAAUGGACUAUUGCACAUGAAGAAGCCACAUCAUCAUUGCUGUGAGAGCAGGUACCUGAGUUUCAGUAAUUCCCCCAACCCGGUCUGCUGCAAUGGCAAACUGCUGCCACCCCUCCCUGACCACCAGUGCUGUCUAGGAUACUAUGUUCCUGUAAAAAACAAUGAAUACUGCUGUCCGGACCACUCGCAGGGCCGGGUCUCAGUGGGGCUGGGUGACAGCUGCUGUGGGGGAGUUCCUUACUCCACAAAAGGCGGCCAGCUCUGCUGUAGUGGGAGCCUCCAUGAUGGCUAUGGGGUCCAAUGUUGCGGAGGCCAGGUUGUAGAUGAUACACUGGUGUGUUGCGGUGAUACUGAGAGAACUGAAGUGCAUACGUACAUUCCAGGUUUUGUCUGCUGUGGUCCUGAGUACAUAAACUCUUCAACCUCUCUUUGCUGUGUGGGCAGUGACGGAUUUCCCACAAUGCACCCUGCUGGCAAUGCCACAGUCACACUGCAGUGCUGUGGUUCAAAGGUUAUACGUCAGGAAGAAGAAUGCUGCAAUGGAAUUGGCUAUGACCCUCAACGACACAUGUGUGCUAACCGGCCCACACCAGGCCUGUUAAUAGAGCACCGGUGUAUGCGGGGCACUGUGUGUCCUGUAGCUGCAGCCUCUACAGCUUACUGUGGCUCCUGUGACCUCGAUCCAUCUACGACCGCCUGCACAUGGGUCCUGUCUGCAGACACACAUCCCAACACGCCCUCAACAUACUCACCUUCCAUCAACACCACACAUGAAACUCUCACCGCAGGCCUGCAUAUACAUACAAACAGAAGUGAUAAUACAUACAAAAUGGAAAACACUGAUAUUUAUACAUACACUGGCAGCCAGGGAUACACAGGAAGCCUGUGCCCGUCUCAUGAGGAGGUCGUGUACAGUGGAGAUGUCAACAGAUACAGUUAUACAGACUCAUACCUGGAGCCCUUCACCACCUAUGAGUACAGAGUGAGGGGCUGGAACAGCUUUGGACGAGGCUCCAGUGAUGUUACAACAGUGACCACCAGUGAAGACAAACCAUGGGGAGUGGCACCGCCCCGCUGGAGUCGGCUAAGUGAACGAGAUGACAUCAUCCAAUUACAAUGGCAAGCACCUGCCAGGCCUAAUGGGGACAUAACCCACUAUGUUAUACUGCGUGAUGGACAAGAGCGUUACCGUGGUGAUGAAAACAGUUUCACAGAUGUGGGCGGGAUCAGGCCUUUCCAGGAAUACAGUUAUCAGCUGCAGGUCUGUAACCGGGCUGGUUGCACUGAUAGCGCUCAGGUGGUGGCAGGGACAGUCCAGGGAGUCCCAGAGGGGGUGCAGCCUCCAGUAGUAACAGCUUUGAGCCAAUCUUCUCUUCAUGUGAGCUGGUCCGAACCAACACAUCCUAAUGGAAGAGUGCUGUGGUACUACCUGAACCAGACCGCUCAUGGAACCAUAUUUACACAUACGAAGGGACCCAGAAAUUAUACUGUCACUGGUUUGCAGCCGUACACAGACUACACUUUCUUGCUCGUGGCCUGUACAGCUAUUGGAUGUGGAGCAAGCUUGCCUUCCUCAGGACGCACUCUGGAAGCCAUCCCUGCUGGUGUGUGGUCAAGGCCGAGACACCUGAUAAUAAACACAUCUGCAGUGGAGCUGUAUUGGGAUCAGCCAUCCCAGCCUAAUGGACACAUCUCCCAGUACAGGCUGAAGAGAGACGGUCACACUAUUUUUACCGGAGACCAUCGUGACCAGAAUUACACCGAUACUGGACUCCUGCCAAACCACAGGUAUGUGUACGAGCUGGAGGCCAGUACAGAGGGUGGAGUUGGUUUGAGUGACAAAUACGUUAUAAAAACACCAGUUUCGUGCCCCACCGGGAUCCCAGCUCCCCACAAUGUGACUGUUUCAGGCCCCCAUUCCAUCUUUCUUGCCUGGACCCCUCCUGCUAAGUUCAUCAGGAGGCAGCCUAUAAACUACAACAUCCUGUUAAAUCCAGGAAGUGACUUUGCCAUAAUGCGUCAGGCAGGGCAAAGCUUGCACCUCUCUGUUACAGGUCUAGAGUCUUUCACCACCUACUACAUCAGAGUGCAAGCCUGUCAGAUUGAUGGGUGUGGAGUAGGAAGGGGUGUGUAUGCUCUGACUUUAGAGACUACCCCACAAGGUCUGCUGCCACCCAUAGUAAAAGCAGCUGGUGCCAGUGUCCUGGAGAUCCACUGGUCACCCCCCCAAAAACCUAAUGGUCUCAUCACCUCCUACCAUAUAUACAGGCGUCCACAAGGAGCACAGGAGGAGCUUUUGGUUUUCAUCUGGUCUGGUGGGCCACUUGAGUUUUUUGAUGCAAGCCCCGCUUUGCAACCCUUCAGCUUCUUCCAGUACAAGGUUCGCGCCCACAACUCCAAAGGCUCAGUUCUGAGUGAUUGGGCUUCAGCCCAGACCCUACAGGCAGAACCACAAGAUAUGUCUCCUCCCACUGUCACACCCACUGGUGCAUACUCAGUCCAUCUGAAAUGGAGUAGACCAAGACACCCCAACGGUCUCAUUUCCCAUUAUAAACUGGUUUACAAGAAGCACCAACAGGACCCGACGCUCAACUCAACUGCUCUCACUGCUCUCACUUUGGAGGGUUCUGUCCUAGAAGCAACAGUCUAUGGUCUUGAGCCUCUCAGUGACUAUUCGCUACGAGUGGAAGCUGUCAAUGAAGCAGGCAGUGUGUCUAGUCCAUGGACAGGCACUAAGACCCUGGAGGCUUCUCCUGCUGGACUGGCUAACUUUACAGUGGAGCAGAGAGAGCAGGGGAGGUCGUUACUACUGAGCUGGGAUCAGCCAAAUGUUCCAAAUGGAGUCAUCACGAUGUAUAACUUGUACAGUGAGGGGAACCUGGAGUUCAGUGGGCUAUCACGCAACUUCCUGUUUCGUCGUUUGGAGCCGUGGACCACUUAUACUUUGACUCUUGAAGCCUGUACCUCAGCAGGGUGCACACGCACUCCCCCUCAGCAUGUCACCACUGCUGCAGCCCCACCUGCUUCACAGCCCCCUCCCAGACCAAUCCUCAUUGGUUCAGAACAUGUGUCACUUACCUGGGGACCUCCCACCCAACCAAACGGGCCAAUCAGAGAGUAUUUCUUACUUGGAAGGAGUCUGGAGGAGGUGGAGAGAGGAAGAAGUAAUGAAGAGGAGACUGAAAGAGAAAAAGUGCUGUUCCGAGAAACAUCUCCACGACAAAAUGACACUUUCUCCUACUCAGUGACUGGUCUGCGUCCCUGGACACAGUACGAGUUCAGUAUCCGUACUCACAACCCCGCUGGCCACACCCGCAGCCCCUGGGUGACCAUUACAACCAAACAGGCCCCCCCCCGCGGCCUAGCAUCUCCAACCGUGAGUCACUCCCCAGGCCGACCUAGUGAAGUGUUGGUGUCCUGGACUCCUCCUUUGGAGCCCAACGGUGUACUUCAGUCUUACAGGAUUCAGAGAAACAACGUCAGUUUCUCCUUCAGUUUUGAUCCUACUGUCGUCAGCUACACCGAUGAAGAUCUCCUGCCUUUUUCAACAUAUAGCUACGCCAUCAUAGCAUGUACGUCUGAGGGAUGUAUCACCAGCCCUUAUACAAACAUUACAACCUUAGAGGCUCCCCCUGCAACAGUGAGGGCUCCCACAGUAGGCAUGAUCACAUCCAACAUAUUAAACAUUUCUUGGAGUAAGCCAGUGACACAGAAUGGAGAGGUGACCGAAUAUGUGCUGAAACUGAAUGGCCAAGAGGUUUAUCGUGGGACAAACCUCAAUACAGAGCUGUCAGACCUGCAGCCUCACACUGCAUAUCAGCUGGUCCUGCUAGCUUGUACCAAUGGCGGAUGCACUUCCAGUGCAACAAUGUCCACUGUAACUGAGGAGGCUCCUCCGACUGACCUAUCUGCCCCGACUCUGAAGGUCACUGGCCCAGAGUCAGUGGAGGUUAGCUGGGGACCACCAGAGCAUCCUAAUGGCAUCAUCACAGGGUAUGAACUCCGCAGAGAUGGUGAAGUGAUCUAUGUCGGUGCAGAGACUCAUUACCACGACUUUACACUUUUGCCAAGUGUGGAAUACAGCUACUUUGUAAGCGCCAACAACAGCAGGGGGACAGUGAGCAGCACAGCAGCUACAGCAAAAACUCACCCAUCAGCUCCUUCUGGUGUCGGUCUCCCCACUUUGUCGCCUCUGGGACCCACCCAGGUGAAGGUGGAGUGGAGUACCCCAGUCCGUCCUAAUGGAGACAUUGUUAGUUACACUGUGUAUCAGCGAGAUCCAGACCGGCUCAGAAUGACCACCACUGUAUAUACUCCAGAGGACAGUACCUUCUCUGAGCGACAAACCACUCUACAUGGACUGGCUCCUUACAGCUGGUAUGAGGUAAGAGUGGAGGCUUGCACAGCGCUGGGCUGCUCCUCCAGUGACUGGUCAUCUGUACUCACUGUGGCGGCUCCCCCUGCUGGACAGAGUGCACCACUGUUAGACCUUCAACUUGACACCCACACUGGCCUACAGACCACCUUCCUGCUCACCUGGUCCCCUCCAGCUCAGCCAAAUGGUAAAAUCCUGUAUUAUGAGGUGUACCGCAGACUGGACCACAACACUGAUACUGACAAAAGUGAGCCAGCAACACCUAUCUGCAGGAAUGUCUCCACUACUUGCAAAGAUGAAGGACUCCUGCCAUAUACUGUAUAUCAGUACCAGCUGUGGGCAGUGAACUCAGCUGGUCAUUGUGCCAGUCCGUGGAUCAGUGGGAGAACAGGACCCGCUCCACCUGAGGGUGUAGGCCCGCCUCAUUUCCUGCGUGUUUCAGCAACCUCAGCGGUAAUGGAAAUCCAUCCUCCUGCCCGACCCAAUGGCAUUGUUAGCAUUUACCGGGUGUUCUCACUGGACCACAAUAACCACACUCUGCUCUCAGAGGGUACAUCCCAGCAGCAGACACUCCAUGGUUUACGUCCUUACACCCAGUACUGGGUAGGAGUAGAGGCCUGCACUUGUUAUAAGUGCUGUAGCCAGGGACAACUGAGUGAGCUCCGCACCCUGGCUGCACCCCCAGCACAUCAGCCCCGUCCUCGCCCCAUCACACUGACCUCCCGCUCUGUUCAGCUGGAGUGGGAUGAUCCUUUGGCACCUAAUGGAGUCAUUGAGAGCUGUGAGCUACAUCUCAGGUCACCUUGCCCGCAGCCCCCCCAGCCUGUGAACCUGCCUUGUGUUGAAGAGCCAAUGGAAAUCUGUUUCUUUGGCAAGAGGCGGCGCUACAAUGUGACAGGUCUCCAACCAUACUCCACCUAUGAGCUGAGAGCUGCCUGCUUUAACAGCAUGGGCAGCACUGCCUCCAACUGGACUACUGUCACCACACUCCCUGAAGCCCCCCAGUAUGUCUCUCCUUUCUCAGUGGACAGUAACCUGACAGUCAUCUGGCUGGACUGGGCGGGGUCCUUCUCUCUCAAUGGCUACCUGAAGGAGUACAGUGUAACUGAGAGCCAGCUCAGAGUCUAUACUGGCUUCUACAGCUAUCUCUAUAUUCCACGCACGUCACAGAAAACGCUAUCAUUUCAGGUGACAUGUACCACAGACAGCGGCAGCGCCAGUACUCCCACCGUCAGAUACAGCCCUGUCACAGGCCUAGAUCCUCUUGAGCCAGAAGACAGUGGUAAACAGGGUGUCAGCAUGUCAGCAACCCCUGUUUACUCUGAGCUGUGGUUCAUUUUGCUGUUAUCACUGCUGGGUCUCUUUCUGUUAGCCAUACUGCUGGGUCUAGUGCUACAAAGAGCUCUGAGGAAGAAUCCAUCAGCCAGAGAGCGCCCUCCGCUGGUCACGCUUCAGAAGACCAGGAAGUCUGCAGGAGAGUACAUGUUUGACACUGUAGCAGACUGUGUUGAGAUCAGCAACGUUAUACUUAAAAGCUACACUGUGUACAAUGAGGGUCUGGCUGAAACAAAGAUAGUUGGCAGCAGCAGGUUCAGCCCCAUAUCAGUCCUGCGUGUUCCCAGCCAACCUGACCUCAGUCAGGCCUAUUCCCAGCAUUCCCUGCACCGCAGCGUCAGUCAGCUGAUUGACAGGAAGUCAAUGAUGAUGGAGGAAGGGAGCUGGGACAACCCAAUGGGACAUGAUUCUGGACUGUAUGUGGAGGAAGAUGAGUUUGUCGAUGCCAUCAAGGCCCUGAGUUCUGGGAAAAAGGAGCGUACCAUGUUCACCGACACUCACCUUUGA